CCAUAAUUGACUGUCAGACUGCAUGAGGAUGUAUUAUUGCAAUUUGGGGAAUGAAAAUUGGCUCGAUGAUAAUCAGGAACAGGAAACGAAAUGUGCUCAACACCCGUGAUGUUCGGUCAAGUCAUCACUGGGGUCACUCUAAACUUGAAACGAAUCAUUUUUGGCUGCCAAGAGGAACAAAUAAACAAAGUCCUUAGCAUCCUGUCGAAUUGUCCAACUGACCAACGGCAUCAGACGCCCACUUGUCCCGCUCGUGAUCCCCGAGGCUCUGCCGAUGCUGUCAUUCAUAGACCACUUAAUUCUGGCGCGUCCGUGCUGGCCACCCAAAAACCACCCACUGCUCCUCUUCGGAUCGGGAGUCCGGAACCAAUGCGAACUCCGCCGAGGCACACGAAGCACGGAGGCUAUAAAAGCAGGACCACGGACAACACGAACACAGUCUGCCACGGACUACGGGCGCGUUGAUUUGCCGGAACGGAGCACGGAAAAGCGGAGCAACAAGUUGAACUCUCAGGCUGAGAUAUACGCACACCUGUUGGGAUAAACGAGCCAUGGGAUUUGACUAAACAAAUGACAUCGGCUGUCCGCUGGGGCAUCUAGUGCUUCCGUGACCAUGUGAAAAUCCACGACCAUUAAGUGCUCCAAAGUCAGUUUGAUACAGUGGGGUCGGAUUCUGGAAUUGUCAGUUGCCGUGUCGGUGUCAGUUUCAGUUGCGUGUGAAAUAAAACUUUAUUGCCUUCGAGGAUGCCAGGUCCUUGCGCCUCCGCCGCUGCAUUCUCCUGCAUCCUUGUGCUCCUCCAGCUCGGCUGUCAGCGGAACAAUCCUCUGGCCGCCGGAGCCACCGUCUCCUCCAUGCGCCGACUGUCGGAUACGAUAAAUAUUGGAUUCCUGGCUGAAUAUUCUCAGAUGCGAGUGACGCUGGGCGGACUGCCGCUUGCCAUUGAGGAUGUGAACAAGAAUCCCAACCUAUUGCCGGGCAAGAAGUUGGCUUUCAAACCGGUUGACAUUGGUCACAAGAUGAGCGCGUACCGCGUGAAACCGUUGAGGGCGAUGACACAGAUGCGGGAAGCUGGCGUAACCGCAUUCAUCGGUCCCGACGAGAGCUGCACCACAGAGGCGCUGCUGGCCUCCGCCUGGAACACACCAAUGCUAUCAUUCAAAUGCUCCGAUCCAAUUGUCUCGAACAAAAGUACAUUUCACACCUUUGCAAGAACCUUAGCGCCGGCUUCCAAGGUCUCAAAAAGUGUUAUUAGUCUGCUGAACGCCUUCCAUUGGAAUAAGUUCUCCAUAGUAGUCAGCUCGAAACCGAUUUGGGGCUCGGAUGUAGCCCGUGCCAUUCAGGAAUUGGCGGAAGCCAGGAACUUUACCAUCAGUCACUUCAAAUAUAUUUCGGACUAUAUACCAACCACAAAGACACUUUCGCAGAUCGAUAAAAUUAUUAAGGAAACCUAUGCCACAACUCGCAUCUAUGUGUUCAUUGGGGAGCACAUUGCCAUGGUGGACUUUGUGCGAGGACUCCAGAAUCGACGGCUGCUCGAGAGUGGCGACUAUAUCGUGGUUUCCGUGGACGACGAGAUCUACGACUCCAAUCGAAGGGUGAACAUUAUGGAACGUAAUUAUUUAGAUCCUUAUAUUAGAAAAGAAAAGAGCAAAUCGCUGGACAAAAUCUCAUUUCGUUCAGUUAUAAAAAUAAGCAUGACAUAUCCACAAAACCCCCAUAUUCGCGACAUUUGUUCGAAAAUAAAAGAUUAUGCGCGAAAAACUCCAUUUCUGGUGCCAUAUCAUCAACGUGUCUUUGACAACAUAUCGGUCCCCAUAUAUGGCCUACAUCUUUACGACAGUGUUAUGAUCUAUGUUCGAGCUAUAACAGAAGUUUUAAGACUGGGCGGUGAUAUUUACGAUGGAAACCUGGUAAUGAGUCACAUUUUCAACAGGUCCUAUCAUUCCAUACAAGGAUUUGAUGUUUACAUAGACUCUAAUGGCGAUGCUGAGGGUAAUUACACAGUCAUCACUCUGCAAAACGAUAUGGGCAGUGGAACCUCGAUAGGUUCUCUAGCCAAGAUGUCCAUGCAGCCAGUUGGGUUCUUUGCCUACGACAAGAACUCUGUUAUUCCAGAAUUCCGCUACAUAAAGAACGAUAGACCCAUCCAGUGGCUAAAUGGUCGUCCUCCGCUCGCAGAACCCCUAUGUGGUUUUCAUGGCGAACUGUGUCCACGAAAGAAACUCGACUGGCGGUACCUGGUAUCAGGUCCACUAUGUGCCCUCGUUGUUGUCGUGGCUAUUGCUCUGCUAAUCAAGCAUUACCGGUAUGAACAGACUCUGGCAGGUCUUUUGUGGAAAGUGGAUAUGAAGGAUGUCACCGUCAUAAAUCUUGGCGAAUACAACAACCCCACCAAUAAGAAUAUAUUUCAAAUCUGCCGUCAAAGCAUUUUAGUGGUUGGUGAGCCCAACAAGCGGUCCUUUACAAAUAUAGCUCUAUUUCGUGGCAAUAUUGUGGCCAUGAAAAAGAUACACAAGAAGAGCGUAGACAUUACCCGAUCAAUUCGCAAGGAACUGAAACUGAUGCGAGAGGUGCGACAUGAAAAUAUUAUCAACUUCAUUGGAGCGUCCACGGAUCACGGAUCCGUGAUCAUCUUCACCACUUACUGUGCACGGGGCAGUCUGGAGGACGUGCUGGCCAACGAAGAUUUGCACCUGGACCACAUGUUCAUCUCCUCCCUUGUCUCCGAUAUACUUAAGGGAAUGAUCUACCUGCACGACUCGGAGAUUAUAUCCCAUGGCAAUUUGCGUUCCAGCAACUGUCUCAUCGACUCCCGUUGGGUGUGUCAAAUCUCGGACUUUGGACUGCACGAGCUGAAAGCUGGCCAAGAAGAGCCCAACAAGAGUGAACUGGAACUGAAACGUGCCCUCUGCAUGGCGCCGGAGCUUUUGAGGGACGCCUACCGACCAGGACGCGGAUCCCAAAAGGGGGACGUCUAUUCCUUUGGCAUUCUGCUCUACGAGAUGAUUGGCCGCAAAGGACCUUGGGGUGACACGGCCUACUCAAAGGAGGAAAUAAUUCAGUUUGUCAAGUGUCCGGAAAUGCUGCAGCACGGAGUAUUCCGACCUGCAUUGACGCACACUCACUUGGACAUUCCGGACUACAUUCGUAAGUGCCUGUGUCAGUGCUGGGAUGAAGAUCCCGAGGUCAGACCCGAUAUCAGGCUGGUUCGCAUGCAUUUGAAGGAGCUUCAGGCUGGCUUAAAACCCAACAUAUUCGACAAUAUGCUAUCGAUAAUGGAGAAAUAUGCUUACAAUCUCGAGGGUUUGGUUCAGGAGCGAACUAACUUGCUGUAUGAAGAAAAGAAGAAAACAGAUAUGCUCCUUUAUCAGAUGCUACCAAGACCUGUAGCUGAACUUCUGAAGCGAGGAGAUCCUGUCGAGGCUGAGUGCUUCGACUGUGUCACUAUAUUGUUCAGUGAUAUAGUCGGAUUCACCGAACUCUGCACCACCAGCACUCCCUUUGAGGUGGUGGAGAUGCUAAACGAUUGGUACACCUGCUGCGACUCCAUUAUAUCCAAUUAUGAUGUCUAUAAGGUUGAGACAAUUGGCGAUGCCUAUAUGGUUGUGUCCGGAUUGCCACUGCAGAACGGAAGUCGUCAUGCUGGGGAGAUAGCCUCACUGGCUCUGCAUCUCUUAGAGACGGUGGGAAAUCUGAAGAUCAGGCACAAACCCACCGAAACAGUUCAGCUGCGCAUCGGAGUUCACUCUGGUCCUUGUGCGGCAGGAGUGGUGGGUCAGAAGAUGCCCAGAUACUGCCUAUUCGGGGACACGGUGAACACAGCAAGUCGAAUGGAGAGCACCGGUGACUCCAUGAGAAUUCAUAUAUCCGAAGCCACCUACCAGCUGCUCCAGCUGAUCGGUAGCUAUGUGUGCAUUGAAAGGGGCCUGACCAGCAUAAAGGGCAAAGGCGACAUGCGAACCUAUUGGCUGACGAAGCGUCAGCAACCCGAGUUAACGCCGGAUUUGAUAAGCACCGUGGAUACUUUGGAUACCUACUGCUCCGGGACGCGAGAGAGCAUGGAGGUCUCAAUCCACCAAUAUUGUAGUCCGGCUCCGAAUAACUACAGAUUGGGAUCCUGCAACUGUGACACCAAGUGUUUAUAUAGCCGUCGAUCGGACGACAAUGUGACUAAUUCCCAUGGAACAUCCGAGUUUCCAAAGAUCAGUGAACCCGCGCAGGUCAACUGCAAUCAAUUAUGUGUUUGCCGAUUGAACAGCAGCCAAGUGUUUAAUAAUCGAGGUCCUCGAUCAGCGCCUAGUAUCACAUUUAGACUAUAAGGAUUCAAUUCUAUAUACUUAUCUUUAAGCUCCUUGAUCGAUGUAAGUUACUGGCGUCCAUUGCGGUUUGUGUGUUGCCGAAUUCGUAGCAUCUCUUUUACAAUAUUUUACAUUAUUUUUAAACAAAUUCCAGAAAAAUACUCCAUCAUAACACAUUGCAGUUCAAUUUUUCCGUCCAGUUACAAAGCUGAGUCUUUCAAUUAUUUAUAUUUUACAUCCAAUGAAAUAGGUACUCCGUUUGCCGAAUGGAUUUCUCUCAAAUAAAAACAUUUACAAUAAAAUUAGGUGUAAUUUUA